GGAUUUCAUUCCCUCUGCGCACUUCGAACCGAUCGCUCGUACCGCUCCCGGGACUCGAAAACCGAAUUCGAUAAACGAACCCAAAACCGAAACCCAACACUCGCCGGACUUCGACUUCGAUUCGAAUUCCUUUUACGCGCUAAAUUAUCAGACUCUUGAAGGGCACAUAAAGUUCUUGAAAUUACGACUUUGCCAGAUUGUGUUUGUGUUUAAAGAGCAAAGUGUAAACAAAACCGGAAGAAUUACUUCGAUAUCUGACGAAAAUGGGUCGCCUUUUCCAAUACAAUCGCUUUGGCGCCACGGAUAACAUCAACAAAAACAUCAGCAAAAAGGAUACUCAGCAGAAGAACAAGAUGCUACGUAAUGCCAUCAAAUGUCCAGGAUACUCGGACAUCUAUGGUCAGUUCAAUAAGGAGUCGUCCUUCGAGAAGUGCCAACAAUGGAGCAACAAGCUGCAAUUCCCGACCGCCGGUGAAUUGGAUAAACAGGAACCGAUCCAGAGUCGCACGCACAAGGUCUACGACAGCAUGAAGAAUUUUCUGCACCGCAAACUCUUCGCGCAACCCUCGCAAAAGGAACAGAGCUUGAAUGAAGAACCCACCAGCGAUUAUGAUGAGCAGGACCUUCUCGACUCCUCGUACCACGCCGACGCGGAGGAAGAGGAGGAGGAGCGCGACGCGGAUUGCAGCUGCAGCUCCACCGAAAGUAGCAGCAGCACCACCGGCAGCAACUCAACCACGCCCAAGCGCUCGCCCCAGAAGUCCUUGCUGUCCCUCAACUGCUGGCAGAGCAGUCAGCCGAGCAGCGACUCCAAUCCCGAAGAGGAGGAGGAGGAGGAUGCAGAGGAGGACUCCGAUGCAGGAAUCUCCGAUUGCUGCCAACUGCUGGCCGAGAACUCCCCCAACUCGAUGAGCAAACGGCGCAGAGCAGCUCCUCUGUUCACCAGAUACAUUAGCGCCAAUCAAAACUCGGACGACGAUGAGGACGAGGAGCCGGAGUUGCUGGAGUGUCCCUGGUACCAGCCGAGGAUUACGGCGAAGGCGUCAAUGGAACACCUCCAGCAGGCGACACCUGGCAGCUUCCUCCUGCGCCGCAGCACUCCGCGGCACUUCGAACUCGUCCUGCGACUCGAAAAGAGCAACAAGGUGAAGAGCUAUCCGGUGCAGUCCACCCGGAAUCAGAUGUACCGCCUGAAGGGAGCCAAGAAGCAGUUCACCAGCCUGAAGGCCCUCAUCACGCACCAUUCCGUGAUGGCCGAGCAACUUCCACUGACAUUGGACUUGCCCAGGGAGCGUCAUGUGGUGAAGGCCUCGUCCGUUCGCUAUGCAGAUGACUUCGAGCCACUGGAAUCCCUGCAGCUGCUCGGCAUCCUGAAGAGCCUGCAGGCCAAGAGCAUCGAGAUAUAGAAUAUAGUUAUGAGGCGGGGUCUCAUCGGGCGGGCUAAACAUUAAUAUCGAACUGCAAACGGAACGAUAGGUGAAAGUAAUUAGGAAUUUUGUUUGUUGUAUGCAUAAGUACUUGUGAUAUAGUUUACGGAAUUGCGGGCUGAGCAACCCUCGAAUUUAGUUAAGGCUACCGACUAAUUGAAAUAUAUUGUAACCGACGUACGGCUAAGUUUUCUAUUGUUAAUGCGGAAUAUGAAUAAAAAUCGAACAAUGGCAUUCAGCAAAAACGCAA